GUUCCCAGCAAGGCUACCUAGAGAAUCCCCUCAACUGAGGCCAUGGAGGGGGGCCCGGCCAUCUGCUGCCAGGACCCUCGGGCAGAGCUGGUAGAACGGGUGGCAGCUAUUGACGUGGCCCACUUGGACGAGGUGGAUGGUGGCCCAGAGCCUGCCAGGAAUGGUGUGGACCCUCCGCCACGGGCCAGAGCUGCCUCUGUGAUCCCCGGCAGUGCUUCAAGACUCCUCCCAGCCCGGCCCAGCCUCUCAGCUAGGAAGUUCUCCCUGCAGGAGCGGCCAGCGGGAAGCUGCCUGGAAGCCCAGGCUGGGCCUUAUGCCACAGGGCCUGCCAGCCACAUCUCGCCACGGGCCUGGAGGAGGCCCACCAUCGAGUCCCACCAUGUGGCCAUCUCAGAUGCAGAGGACUGUGUGCAGCUGAACCAGUACAAGCUGCAGAGUGAGAUUGGCAAGGGUGCCUAUGGCGUGGUGAGGCUGGCCUACAAUGAAAGUGAAGACAGACAUUAUGCAAUGAAAGUUCUUUCCAAAAAGAAGUUACUGAAGCAGUAUGGCUUUCCACGUCGCCCUCCCCCAAGAGGGUCUCAGGCUGCGCAGGGAGGACCAGUCAAGCAGCUGCUGCCCCUGGAGCGGGUGUACCAGGAGAUUGCCAUCCUGAAGAAGCUGGACCACGUGAAUGUGGUCAAACUGAUCGAGGUCCUGGAUGACCCAGCUGAGGACAAUCUCUAUUUGGUGUUUGACCUCCUGAGAAAGGGGCCGGUCAUGGAAGUGCCCUGUGACGAGCCUCUCCCCGAGGAGCAAGCUCGCCUGUACCUGCGGGACGUCAUCCUGGGCCUCGAGUACUUGCACUGCCAGAAGAUCAUCCACAGGGACAUCAAGCCAUCCAACCUGCUCCUGGGGGACGAUGGGCAUGUGAAGAUUGCUGACUUCGGCGUCAGCAACCAGUUUGAAGGGAAUGACGCUCAGCUGUCCAGCACUGCUGGGACCCCAGCGUUCAUGGCUCCUGAGGCUAUUUCUGAUUCUGGCCAGAGCUUCAGUGGAAAGGCUUUGGACGUGUGGGCCACUGGGGUCACACUGUACUGCUUUGUCUAUGGGAAGUGCCCGUUCAUCGAUGAUUACAUCCUGGCCCUGCACAGGAAGAUCAAGAGUGAGCCUGUGGUGUUUCCUGAGGAGCCAGAGGUCAGCGAGGAGCUCAAGGAUCUGAUUCUGAAAAUGCUAGACAAGAAUCCCGAAAUGAGAAUUGGGGUGCCAGACAUCAAGUUGCACCCCUGGGUGACCAAGAAUGGGGAGGAGCCCCUUCCCUCGGAAGAGGAGCACUGCAGCGUGGUGGAGGUGACCGAGGAGGAGGUGAAGAACUCGGUCAAGCUCAUUCCCAGCUGGACCACGGUGAUCCUGGUUAAGUCCAUGCUGAGAAAGCGUUCCUUUGGGAACCCCUUUGAGCCCCAAGCGCGGAGGGAAGAGCAUUCCAUGUCUGCUCCAGGAAACUUAAUGAUGAAAGAAGGGUGUGGCGAAGGGGGCAAGAGUCUGGAACUUCCCGGCGUCCAGGAAGACGAGGCUGCAUCCUGAGCCCCUGCAUGCGCCCAGGGCCACCCGGCAGCACACUCAUCCCGUGCCUCCAGAGGUCCACCGCCCUCAUGCGACAGCUGCCCUGCGGGUAGGGGGUUGGGGACUGCAGCCCCUCUCCUGGCUCCCCUCCCCCCUCGUGCUGCAUGACCUCCAAGCACGCACGUCCAGGGACAGGAUUCGAAUGUGUGUUGUCUGGGGUUUUGGGGACAGGGCUCCCAGAAGGCUUUCCUUCUCAUCCUGGCUGUCCUUGGCCUCACCCAUCCUGUGGGAAAACCAGGUGCCCAUGGAGCCUCAGAAACCCCACGUGGUGUUGGCAAGGCCCAGGGCAGGAGACAGGAAACCCAGAUGGCAGGUGGAGGCCUGGCUUAGUGCAACUGCAGAGGUCUCCUCAGAGACCUGCUGGGGGCUGGGCACGUGGAGGGGAGGACCCUGCCCACCUUGGGGUGGUGGUGCCAGAGCUCUUGUCUACUCAGGAUGCUGGAAUAGAGACUCUGACCACUCAGUGUAUUCCUGGGCCCCACUGGGGAGAGGGCUAGUAUUGGAGAAUUCAGAUUCCUUUUUUGUUGUCUUUUACUUUUGUUUUUAAGCUGGGUGGUGGGGAAGAAGCCCUGCUUGAGAAUAGCUAACGAGCUUUCCUAUAGCUUUGGGUGGUUCCCAGCACAACCCACCAUUAUUUGGCAGCCAAAUGGACUGGGCUGACCUUCCUGGAUUGUGUUUUGCAUUUGAGACCAUCCAGAAAAUGGGUUGAACCGAAUCAAGCUCUGAGCAAAGGCCUGAAUCAGGAGCACCACACCUUCCUUGCCAACUUCCCUCCCUCUCUCCCUGGCUCCCCAGAGCCAAGGCUGCAGAGGACAUGCCAGUAACCAACACCAACCAAGGGCCAUGGACCUGCAGUGCUAUGGCCUUGCACAUGCUGAAAUAACUGGAAUCCAAUCUCUGAUCCUACACUGUCCUACCCAUCUAACCCCGAAAGCUGCCCUCACAUGCCUACGAUGGAGGACAAACUGUCCGUAUUGGAGGCAUUGCUGGACACAGAACCCCGGAGGGGUGGGCACACUGGCAGAAGGCCUCUUUGCCAACUGCCUCCCCCUAGGACAGUCAACAGUCAGCCUGUUCAGAGCAGGAGUGCUGGAGUGUGUGUAGAGAUGGCCCUUCUGGAGCAGACUCAUCUUCUAUCUGGGAUCAGUGUCUGGCUGGCUGGCUUGGUGUUUAUUGACCAAACGCUCAUAGAGGUUGACCCCCAAGGGUAAAUAAUGCAGGACUCAGACACCACCCCUGAAAACAGAGCCAGACAAGGGAUUUUAGCCAUCUUUGUGGGUUCCAUAUUGCAGGAGAAGCCUUGUUUGGAGAAGGAGAGGGGCCCUCGUCCCGCUACAUCUUCGCGCCUUGGGUGUACGUGGCGCCUCCGUGCACACACGCAUGUGCGUGCCCAUCUGCUGCAUACGGCACACCUGCAUGUCUCGCGCUGUACAUGCAUCUGUAAUAUAGUUUCUGUGUCUGUUUAAGGCUGGGAGUGGAAUGUGGCCUGUUGUUAAUGGGUCCAUAUUUCUCCCUGGCUCCUCUGCACUAAGGCAGUGUGACCCAGGGCUUAAAAAAUAAUUCGGUACUUUUCUUAAGAACACUUUUAUAGAGUCAUUGGGAGGCCAGUUAAAAGCCAAUCACUGAGCAAAGAGUUUUUCUUGCGUGUUUCUGUGAGUGUCUGGUUUCAGGGGGCUACGUUGACUGGACCCGCCCUUGGGAAGCUCAGAAGUGGGCCCAGCUUCGUUGCCCGUGUCAGAGCCCAGACGGGGCGUUCACCCCCCCACUGAGGGUUUUGGUUGGCAUCGUUGUUUUUGAAUGUAGCACAAGUGAUGAACAGACUCCAUAAGAGUGUUUUAAAAAUUAACUUCCCAGGAAGUGAGUUACAAACAAUAAAAGCCCUUUUUUGAGUUUAAAAAAAAAA